AUGUCAGGAAUUUUAUUUGAAGAUAUGUUCGUAGUCGAAUCCAGCGACAUGGGUAGAUAUACCAAAGUCGCUCGUAUAGUAGCAAAUUCGUCAACUUCAAAAGAUAUAAAGAUAACCUUAGAUAUAAACAAUGAGUUAUUUCCUGUUAAGGAAAACGAUUCUUUAACUAUAGCCUUAAGUUCGUCAUUAGGAAAUGAAAAAUCAAUGUUAACUUCUAACGGUUCAUGGAGACCACCAAGACCAGAUGAUAGAACACAUUCCUUAGCUGAUGAUUAUGAUUAUGUCAUGUACGGUACCAUUUAUAAAUUCGAAGAAAAUGAAGAUAAUGACAAAAUGUCUGUCUAUAUUUCCUUUGGUGGAUUAUUGAUGAGAUUAGAGGGAGGUUACAGAUCUUUGAGUAACUUGAAACAAGAAAAUGCAUAUAUAUUGAUUCGUCAAUACAAGGAUAACUAA